AUCAACUUUGAAAUUAUAUAUUUAAUAUAGUUAUUUAUGUAUUAUAUAGAUGUCUACAAUUGUCAAUAACUACUAUUAUGGGGGUGCUGCCCCCAUAAACGAAGAAAAAAAAAAUAAUGACAAUCAACAAAAUGUUGACAAAAUAAAAAAAAAUAAUAAAAAACCAAAAUGUAAGACAUGCAAAAAAAAACAUUUCGGCAAAUGCCGAAAACAGGCCAAUAAAAAUAAAAAAUGUGAUAUAUGCAAUGUCGGCCACAGAGGCCAAUGCUGGUGGCGAAAUGAAAAGCCGAAAACAAAAACCAAGGACCUGCGAGCGGUCCUUGAUUCAAAAAAAAAAGAACUGGUAAGUUUUUUUUUUUUUUAAUACUUAAAUAUCACUAUGCACAUAUCGAAUAUUUAAAUACAAUAAUAUUUAUACUAAGUUCCUGUUAAUUAUAAUCAAACCAUGUCUUCAUUUAAUUUAUUUAUCAGUGGAAUAUCCAAGAGAAAAGUUCAAACUUCAGGAAAUAUUAAAUUACUCUAUAGUUAAUUAAAUAAUAAGUAUAUGAUAGUGCAAUUAUUGAUAUUGCAAUUCAAUUGAAAUCAUGGGCGCCCAUUGGGGGGGGGCAAGAUAGGGCACUUGCCCCCCUGGACAAAAAAUAUUAUGGACUUGUAGCUCAAUAAAUAUUACCAUAAUAUUAUUAUUAUCUUUAUUAACUUACAUUUGAGAAUUUUUUUUAUUUUGACACC